AUCAGUUCUGACAGACAGAGCUGAGAGGGAGGGCAGAGUCGAGGAGGAAGCACUUCAGAGGCUGUGUGGUCGGCAGAAACAAGAUUUUACAUUGAAACUACAACAAUUUCUCACAUUAAUCAUGGCGGCCCAGCCCUUGCCAGAGGACGACCUCUCCUGCCCCGUAUGCUGCGAUAUCUUCAAGGAGCCGGUGGUGCUGAGUUGCAGCCACAGCUUCUGCGAUGGCUGUCUGAAGACGUACUGGCAGGACAACAUCCAGAGACUCUGCCCCGUGUGCCGGAACGCGUCCUCGACGGACAAGCCCCCUCUGAACCUGGCCCUGAGGAACCUGUGCCUGGCCUUCAGGCAGGUCAGCGUAAAGAGGAAGACCUCGGUGGAGUACAAGCUCUGCCCUCGACACGGGGACCAGCUCAAGCUCUUCUGCCUGGAGGACAAGCGGCCGGUGUGUGUGGACUGCCUGACUGCGGAGCACAGGAACCACAACUUCUGCACUACACAGGAGGCGGCUCAGAGUUACAAGGACAUACUGAGGGGAGCUGUGAAGCCACUGCACAACAGAGUAGCGGCGAUGAAAAAGAAGAAGGAAACCUGGGAGCAGAGCGGACAGCUUUGCACUAGUCAGGCCAAGGCCGCUGAGGAGCGCAUCAAGGAGGAGUUCAGCCAACUGCACAGCUUCCUGCAGAUGGAGGAGGCGCUACUGCUGGACGAGCUGAGGGAGGAACAGCAGAGGAAGGAGGAGUCCAUCAGGAGUAAAAUAGAUGAAAUCACACAAGCCAUCACUGAAAUCAGCCAAACCACCAGCCACAUAGAGCAGGAAAUGGAGGUUGAUGACCUAUCAUUUCUACAGAACUUCCAAGAAACAGAGAAGAGGUCUAAGUCCUCCGUAAAAGACCCAGAGGAUUUACCAGAGGCAUUAAUCAACACAGCGAAAUAUGUUGGCAACCUCAAGUACAACGUCUGGAGGAAAAUACUAGAUACCCUCAACUACACCCCUAUUCUGCUAGAUCCAAACACGGCCCACCCUAUGCUGAAAGUGUCCGAGCAGCUGACCACUCUGUCCGUGAGUGGAAAUCAGACUUUACCGGACAACGCGGAGAGGUUCGACACCUACCUCCAGGUGCUGGGGGCCGAGGGCUACGCGUCGGGCAAGCACGCCUGGGAAGUGGAGGUGGGCCGCAACCCCAGCUGGAUCCUGGGCGUGGCGAGGGAGUCGCUGAAGAGGAAAGGGACGGUGUCCCCGCUGGGCCCCGCCAGCGGCAUCUGGUGCAUCUGGCACAAGGACGGCGGGUACGUGGCGGUCACCCAGCCAGAGACGCCGCUGCUGGUCAAGAAGAAGCCGCACAGGGUGAGGGUGGAGCUGGACAUGGAGCGAGGGGACGUGACCUUCACUGACCAGGCGCUCAAGACCACGCUGCACAAGUUCAGAUGCAGAUUUACUGAGAGGAUGUUCCCCUUGCUGUCCACGGGCAAUGACCCACCACUCAGGGUUUCAAGUCAGAAAAUCUCAGUUUUAAAAGAGUAGGAAUGUUGCCUGUACAAAAGACACUGAUUAUGUUUAUUUGCCGUUUUAAUGAUUUAAUAAUAAAUAACAGUUGUGUUUUUCAAUAACAGAGAAUAUUCUGUGCAGUUUUUAAACAGUCCACAUGGUGUCAGUAAAUGCCUGGCUAAAUC